AUGGAGUGUUUAGUGUAUAAAGAUGCAUCGGUUGUUGGAUUUGUCCUGGCGACGUUGAUGGCGACGGGGAUUUUUCUCUCAUAUGUCCCUCAACACAGUAGAAUCAUGAAACGGAGAACCUCAGAAGGGUUAUCCCCAUUCUUCCUACUACUGGGUACAGUCUCCGCUAUCUCUGCCUUUGCCAAUCUUUUACUCUACAGUAAUGAUGGAAGAAUUUGUUGCCGGUUGGGACUGAGCGACUUUCAAUGUAUCAACUCACAAAUUGGAAUGAUUCAAGUGGGAUUGCAGACCUUGGGCUACUCAUUGAUCUUGGUCCUAUGUGUCUAUUAUACCAGGGAUUCAUUGACGGAAAACCAAAGAGAAUACGCGCAAUUGCUGAAGGUUUAUCGUUUCUUUCUCUUUUAUGCUUUUCUGAACCUCUUUGUCGUUGUUUACCUCAUAAAAAGGAAACAAGAUACGGAAAUAUUUGUUCAGUUUGCAAACCUUAGUGGAGUCUUUUCUUCCUUGGUGGGUGGGUUUCAAUAUCUACCCCAAAUAUACACUACUUACAAACUCAAACAUCCAGGUUCGUUAUCCAUAAAAAUGAUGUCGAUUCAAACCCCCGGUGGGUUUGUCUGGACUGCUAGUUUAUUCCUCCAACCAAACUCUAAAUGGAGCUCUUGGUUGCCGUAUUUCACUGCUGCCAUGGCCCAAGGCAUACUCCUUAUAAUGUGCAUCUACUACAAACACACCUACAAUAUUGACGAGCUGGAAAGAGAGCAAUUGGCUAGAAUCACAGAGGAAAACUUAGCCUAUACGUCUUUGGAAACCACUGAUGAUGGUCUUCUUCAAUAA